CAGUCAAUGUUCUCAAUUUUGUUCUCAUCGCUGGAUAAUAUCAACAAUGAGCGUUAUAUGCUAUGUUAAAUAUAUAAGGUACGAUAUGAAAAAUCGCAAUAUAAUUCCGGGGUGCCUUUCUCUUUAAUUCUGCUGGAUGCUUUAUUGCGGAGCUCCCACAAAAUAUUAGAGGGCGGGUCGCGCGGCGUUAGCGCAGUGAAGAGCUGUUGUGGUGACGCCGUGUGAUUCAUUACCGUCAGCUGAUGUGAAGUUUUAGAGGAAUUUAUUUCUAUCAGUGUUACGACUGUAAUUUAUCCUUUUGAAUUUCCCACGACGAUAAUGCUGAGAUUUGGCGCUGGCGUGAGCGCGCACUUACUGCAACUUCACGAGGCGGAUAGGCGCAAGGGCGCGGGCAGCGCAUAGUUGUCCAGUGCGCAAGAGUCACUGUGCGUGGAUCACCCAAAACAACCCAAUCUCCCACCGCAGGGAUGCCUCUGAUCAGCCUGGACGACGACGAUCAGAGAUGGGUCCCGACACACGUCAACGUGACCGUGCUUCGUGCGAGGAGUCUGCGGACGAAGGGCAAGCAAGGCAGUCGAUAUGUCUACACUAUCAUCCAGGUGGGCAAGGAGAAGUACACCACCGGCCUGGUGGAGAAGGCUGACGAGCCGCAGUGGAACGAGGAGUGCGCGUUCGAGCUGCCGCCCGGUCUGCUCGAGGCUGCGGGGACAAGCGCGUACCCGCCCGGGAGCAGCAACCUGGUUCUGACUGUCAUGCAUCGCGUGCUCAUCGGUCUGGACGUAUUUCUCGGUAAAACUGUUGUCCCGCUGGACAAAGUUUUUCAGGAAGGGACGUGUCCCAGAAACGAGUGGCUUAAGCUGCACUCCAAGUCAGGUCGAAAAGAGAAAGAGCGCGGAGAACUACAGGUGACCAUCCAGUUCACCCGCAACAACAUGACUGCUAGCAUGUACGAUCUCACUGUUAAGGACAAGCCUCGUUCGGCUUUCGGGAAGCUGAAAGACCGUGUCACGGGUAGAAAGAGAGGUGACGUGGAAUCCUCCUCUGCCAUUUUACCUGGCCGCUACGCCGCCCUUUCUGGCUCCGUGGGUCCGCCCUUCGCGAGCGAUGAUGGACCUCAGGAGCCGGGUGAAGAAGAUGGGGUUGAUGAACACAGGAGCAAGGUGAAAGAUUUCUUCCUGAAGGGGAAACUGCGUAAGAAUUCGGACACACGAUCUUGUUCUUCUUUGGCAUCUGACAGUAGCAUGGCAUCAUCCACCGGGGACCCGUUUGUUCCGAUAGAGCUGUCCAGAACUCCGGUCUACAGCAGCAGAGUGUUGGAGCCAUUCCGCAUGGAGGGUGAAGGAGGAAUAAAAGUGAUGACCCACAAGCGUGCACACAGCGAUGAAGCCAGUAAGAUCACAGGCAUUCCUCGGCCUAACCCUGCCACAGAGACCCUAAAAGGUCAAAGCACGACGCUCUCCCAAUCCACCAUCUGCAUAAACGGCAGCCAUAUCUACUCAUCCGAGCCCGUCAGCCCCAAAAGUCCAAGCACCAUCCCAGCCAAGCGUUCCCUGCUGGAGAAAUGCGCACCACUUUCUCGUUCUCUUCAGAACCUCACUCGACGCGGUGAGGAUUCGCAAAGGAGCUUUUCGACUGAAAAGAGCAAGAAGGAAGAUGGUGAGGCAGAUGGAUCUGUAAGCCAGACCACCCCAGAGGAAAAACUAGUGCAGGCAACUGGCCCUCAGACGGCAUCUGGAGUCAUGGAAGUGGUGGACAAAGGGAAAAAGCUGAGGAAGACUUUGUUUUCGAGUGGGAGGAGUGACUCUCUCCCAGCCAAGCCUGAACAGGGCCAGAUUUCUGCUACUUUGGAAGGCAGACGCAGGGGAUGGUUUGGCUCUGGUGACUCCCACAGCAAGCCAAGGCUGGGAGUUUCUCCUAAGGUAGAGAGCAGCUCAAACACAAACCCUUCUCCUGCCCUCUCUUGCCCACCCAGUCAGCCCCCUUGCACUCUCCCCAUUGCCUCAAUGUCUCCCCCUAGUGGCGAUCACUCCAACCCAUUUACCUGUCCAUCCCCAACACCACCUUCCAUGUCCCCCACCAAUCCUUUCCUCACGCGACUACAACAAAAUCCAUUUUUUGAGGAUCUUAUAGCUGAAGAAGCACUGAAGUCUCCUACUGCUGUUUACUGUUCUCCCAGUGGGGUUCAGAACAAAAUGUCCGUGAUGAAACGAGAGAGACCCAGGAGUAUGGCCAGACAGAGGUCUCUUCCAACCAUUGUGCCUGAGACACCGGACACGUACAGUAACUCAAAUACUAACCCGAACUAUUCUCUGUCCGAGAGGGUCGGUGAAUCUGAUGACUUUGAGACGUUCGCCAUCGGCCGGCUGAAAUCACCAACGGCGACCCCGACUAGACCUCCAUCAGCACCAUUUCUCUCACGGGUACCUAACCUUAACCAGAUGGUGCAUGUCGGUAAUAAAGCAGACAGUCGUUUGAGAGUCGAUGAAGUUGAUAUGGAUGUACCAAAGCCAUGGGACAUUCCUCCUUUACCACCACGUAGACCUGUGAGGAACCAAGUCACAGCUAGAGAGAGGUUUGCAGACAGCUGGUUAGAUAGAGCUCAGGAGUUAGCAGUGCAGAAAGAAGCCUGCGUCCUCUUCCAGACUGACUUCGCGUCCCUGCAGCAUGUGAGAGAGGGAGAUAUGAAGAGAAACUCUCACGUUUCAUGCCAUACUUCUUCAGUUAAGCGUAACUCUGAGACGAAGUUGCAAGGCGGUCUGCUUGAAGUUGGGGAAGAAAGAAUGGUGGCACAUCCUCCUAAUUCGAAAGGUCCCACGUUUGAUUUAACGUUGAACAACGUUUCCCACAGCUCUCCGAAUGGUUUAGGUGAAGACACGCUCCAUUCCCACCAUUCUGAACCAGAAACGCUGUGUUUCCCGUCUGACUUUGACACCACAGUGACCGAAUCGCUUUGCAGUUCCCCUCAGACUCAACUAAAACACGAUUCAGAGUCUUCCUGUGAAAUUUAUCCAAAGCAAAAAAUCUCCACUGAGCAAAAACAAACUACCAAUGACAUUGGUUUGCUUACCCUCCCUCCCAGAGAUUCAAACAACAAUAUGGAUAGUACUUCGGAAUUUGCUUACAUUGAUUCAGAAAGUUCAGCGUCUGAUGUCCAACCACUCUGUGAAAUGAAUAAAGACGUUAGUAAACCAUCAAAAGGGCUGAACAAGUGUCCCAAUUUGAACUCUUCUGGGUCACUGCAUAAAUAUUCACCAGGCUUGCCUGAGGAUGUAUCGUCCAAGAAGACUCGUAAGGACAUCACAUCACAUGUUACUGACUCACUAGAUCAUAACCAUUUGGAUCGACUUUUUCACAGAUCACGUGAAGGGCUCGAAAGAGAUGCAGAGCAUUGUAACACAAUUUCAAAUUGUGAGUCUCACUGUGAGGUUGACGUUCUCCAAAACAAAGAGAUCUGUGUGGUCACACAAACAACCUCAGCCCUUGGCAAUGAUGACAUUGUAACUCAGAUCAAACCUGGAUCAGCAGAAAACAAUGACAUCACACGCAGUAGUACACAUGAUGUUGAAGAAGUGUAUGAACAAACUAGUAAGCACCCUGAUCAUCCUGAGGAUGCGAACCUGACGUCAGGCGUCUGCUUUUUAAAAGCCAGCGAGACAGAGGAUUUCAGUUUGACCCAGGAUGAGCAAAUCAGCUUUAAGGACUUGCAUGCAAAAGUAGCCCCAAAAUGCUGCAGAAGCCCCAAUGUAAAGUCAGCCCGAAUUAGACCACGCUCUCCUAAAUCUGCAUCAGACCUCAUUCUGCAUGAUCUUUCCCCCUUACCAGUACCUUGCACUCCUGCCUGUCUCCACCCUGACCCUCCCCUUCCUGUGAACCCCCCAAAUGAGAUGCCCAGCAUGGGUUCCACAUCCUUCACCAAAGCCCAGCCCCAGGUUGACGCACCGCUCCCACUCUCACCUGAGGAGACACAGCCAGCCAACGUCCUCCUGCCCCUUGAGGAGAGCAGCCCUCACCCAGUGAAACCCUUGACCAACACAACUAUGCAAGGAGAAAAGAAACCAGAAAGCCGCUCAGUGUUGGAGAAACUCAAGUCCACGAUAAACCCAGGACGAUCUGUGCCACCGACAUCAGCUGAGGAUGAGAAAACCCAGUUGGCUCUGAUGGAGGCUCGGGCUCAAUACCAGAACAUGACCAACAUGGAGCUGAUAGCGCUGCUUCUUCAGCAGGAAAUGGAUGUUAGGAAGCAGCGUGCUGAAACUGAGCUGCAGGUGGCCCUGCUGGAAAAGCGAGAUGCUGAAUUGAAGAAGAUGAAGGCUCAGGUCCGAGACCUGGAGGAUUAUAUUGACAAACUGUUGGUCCGCAUAAUGGAACAGACACCCACCUUGCUGCAGGUACGCGCUAGACCGAAAUGACCAGGAUGAUACAGUCAAAAGUGUUAAACUAAAGCCAUCUGUGAUGCUCCAUUAAAUUCCAAAACUGCCAAGAUCAUGUAGACACGAUAAAGCUUUGCAUGCUUCCCAUUGGACUUCCAUAUACACAGCAUCAGUUUAUUGUAGCAACUGUUAGUCAUGCUAACAACACAAGGCAGUGAAACAUUAAAAACAAAAGGUAAUGUAGAUGUAAUACAAAUAUGUCUUCCUAUUCAUACAUUUUCUUAUAAAGAUCCCCUUUCUGGGAUUAAUGUAUUAAAUGUCUCUACGGCUACAAUAAUUUACCUUUGCAAAUAUAAAUACUGCCUAUAUAAAUUGACUUAUAAACUUGAAACUUAUUAUUAAAUGUAAAGUAUUUGGAAAAAAUCAUAAAAUGCUAAUAACAUCUCAAUAACAUAUGUCAGAAAAGUCUUAGAAAUUUGGAAACAUGAGUAAUAUUUAAUAGGACGUAAUAUUCAGUACACCUUGUGUCAAGUCGAAAUAUCGCUUUAAAAGAUAUUCUGUACCUGUAAAUAAGUAUCUUAAUUAUUGAUAGCUUUUGAACGCACUUUAAUACGUAUUAUGCAAAUACCCUGUGCUUGAGCUAGUCAGCUUUGCCACAUUGAUAUCGCUGAUGACAGUGCAUGCUCGCGUCUAUCAAGCACACGCACAAAAGUAAAGAUUGUCUGUGAGAACAUGCAAGCUAUGCAAUGAUACAACGCGCUAAGCUGUAGUUCACGUUACAUUUAAUAUAUGCUACACAAAUAUAUUUAUGAAGCCUUAGCGUUGCAGCAUACUUAGUAGAAUCUGAUGUAGCAGAUUUAGUUACGUAGCAAAUGCUUUCUAAAACACAAAAACCUAAAGCUUUACAAAAGUUUCAAAAGAUCUAUUGUUUAUGUUUUACAGAAGCAUAACUAUUAGUGUGGCUUUAAUGUUUUGUCUUAUUUUUAUUCUGACAGUGUUUUAUAAAGGUUUAUUUCUUUAGUGUUUUGCCCAUCUUUUGGCUGAUAAUUAUUUUUUAAGGUUCUGUUACAAAAGAAUGUCAAUUUUGAAUUUUAGUUUUGAAGCUACAGUUAAGGACGUACAGGGUUAGAGUUAAUAUAGUUAAUGCAUCUAACAGUGCAAUUAAAUUUCACAGUUUUCUAGUUUUGGUUAUACUGUCCUGAGUGUUCCACUAUGUUUCAGAAGAGAACUAUGUAGCACUGUGAUUCUACAUUGUGAUGUUUAUUUUGUUAUUGUCUUUAAAUACUAUUUUGCAACAUCCCUCUGCGGAUUUAUGUACCAGUUACAUUCACAUGUUUUGUUUUUGUUUAAUUUAUUGCUAUUUUUUCAAGCAGCUAUUUAAAAUAAAGUUAUAAAAUUA